CCCCCGUGGGAGCGGAGGCGGGAAGUGUCCCGCAGUCCCAGAGGCGAGUCGGGCUGUGGAUUCAUGGAGGGAGCCGAGGGGCCCAGUACAGAACUUGCUAAGGCCAUCAGACCUAUUGAUCGGAAGUCAGUCCAUCAGAUUUGUUCUGGGCAGGUGGUCCUGAGUCUAAGCACUGCUGUGAAGGAGUUGGUGGAAAAUAGUGUGGAUGCCGGCGCCACUAAUAUUGAUCUAAGGCUUAAAGACUAUGGGGUGGAUCUCAUUGAAGUUUCAGACAAUGGAUGUGGGGUAGAAGAAGAAAACUUUGAAGGCUUAACUCUGAAACAUCACACUUCUAAGAUUCAAGAGUUUGCUGACCUAACUCAGGUUGAAACUUUUGGCUUUCGGGGGGAAGCUCUGAGCUCACUUUGUGCACUGAGUGACGUGACUAUUUCUACCUGCCACGCAUCUGCAAAGGUGGGAACUCGACUGGUGUUUGAUCACAAUGGGAAAAUUGUCCAGAAAACCCCCUACCCACGGCCCAGAGGGACAACGGUCAGUGUCCAGCAGUUAUUUUACACACUACCUGUGCGCCAUAAGGAGUUUCAGAGGAAUAUUAAGAAGGAGUAUGCCAAAAUGGUCCAGGUCUUACAGGCAUACUGUAUCAUUUCAGCAGGCGUCCGUGUAAGUUGCACUAAUCAGGUCGGACAAGCAAAGCGACAGCCUGUGCUGUGCACGAGUGGAAGCACCAGCAUCAAGGAGAAUAUCGGAUCAGUGUUUGGGCAGAAACAGUUGCAAAGCCUCAUUCCUUUUGUCCAGCUGCCCCCUAGUGACUCCGUCUGUGAAGAGUACGGGCUGAGCUGUUCUGAUGCUCUGCAUAAUCUGUUCUGUAUCUCAGGUUUCAUUUCUCACUGUACUCAUGGUGUCGGAAGGAGUUCAACAGACAGACAAUUUUUCUUUAUCAAUCGGCGGCCUUGUGACCCAGCAAAGGUUUCCAGACUUGUGAAUGAGGUGUAUCACAUGUAUAAUCGACAUCAGUACCCAUUUGUUGUGCUUAACAUUUCUGUUGAUUCAGAAUGUGUUGAUGUCAAUGUUACUCCGGAUAAAAGGCAGAUUUUACUACAAGAGGAGAAGCUUCUGUUGGCAGUUUUAAAGACGUCUUUGAUAGGAAUGUUUGAUGGUGAUGUCAACAAACUUAAUGUAAAUCAGCAGCCACUGUUGGAUGUUGAAGGUAAUUUAAUAAAAAUGCAUUCGGCAGAGAUGGAAAAGCCUCUGCCAGAAGAGCAGGAGAAUCCCACUUCAUUAAGGACCCGAGGAGAAGAGAAAAGGGCAGUGAGCAUUUCCAGACUGAGAGAGGCCUUUUCUCUUCGUCACACAGGAGGGAACAAGUCUCAGGGCCUGAGGACUCCUGAAACGAGACGGAUUUCUCCAAGACAGAAAAGAAGUGGACCGUUUCGUAGCACUUCUGACUCCCUCUGCCUGCUGAAGCCCGUCUCUGGCAUAGGCUCGUCCAGCCCCCAGGAAGAGGCAAUGAGCUCAGAAAAGGGCCCCUGUGACCGCACGGACAGAGUGGAGAUGGAGAAGGACUCGGGGCAUGGCAGCACUCCAGCUGGCUCAGAAGGAGGGUUCAGCACCCCAGAAAUGGGCAGUCACUCCAGCAGUGACCGGGCAGCAAGCUCCCCUGAAGACAGGUUUUCACAAGAAAAUGUGGAGUCUUGUGAGAAGGUACCUGAAACUGGCCAUCGUUUUUCAGACGCGGAACGCCAUUUAGACCAAGAAAAGAGUGGAUAUAAGUUUAGAGUUUUGCCUCAGCCAGCUCAUCUUUCAUCCUCAAACACAAAGCGUUUUAAAAAAGAAGAAACCCCUUUAAAUUCUGACAUCCCUCAAGAGGUGGUUAAUACUCAGAACAUGUCAAUGCCUCAGGUUGACGUGGCUGUUAAAAUUAAUAAGAAAAUAGUGCCCCUUGACUUUUCUAUGACUUCUUUAGCUAAACGAAUAAAGCGGUUACAUCGCCAAGAACAGCCAAGAGACAGUGAACAGAAUUAUAGGAAGUUUAGGGCAAAGAUUUGCCCUGGAGAAAAUCAAGCCGCAGAAGAUGAACUAAGAAAAGAGAUAAGUAAAACAAUGUUUGCAGAAAUGGAAAUCAUUGGUCAGUUUAACUUGGGAUUUAUAAUAACCAAACUGGAUGCCGACAUCUUCAUAGUGGACCAGCAUGCUACGGAUGAGAAAUACAACUUUGAGAUGCUGCAACAGCACACUGUUCUCCAGGGUCAAAGGCUCAUAGCACCUCAGACUCUCAACUUAACUGCUGUCAAUGAAGCUGUUCUAAUAGAAAAUCUGGAAAUAUUCAGAAAAAAUGGCUUUGAUUUUGUUAUCGAUGAAGGCGCUCCAAUCACUGAAAGGGCUAAAUUGAUUUCCUUGCCAACCAGUAAAAACUGGACCUUUGGACCUCAGGACAUAGAUGAACUGAUCUUCAUGCUGAGUGACAGCCCUGGGGUGAUGUGCCGGCCUUCAAGAGUCAGGCAGAUGUUUGCCUCCAGAGCCUGCCGAAAGUCUGUGAUGAUUGGAACUGCUCUUAACACAAGUGAGAUGAAGAAACUCAUCACCCAUAUGGGUGAGAUGGACCAUCCCUGGAACUGCCCCCACGGAAGGCCGACCAUGAGACACAUUGCCAAUCUGGAUGUCAUUUCUCAAACCUGACAACAUUUCUCAUUAUAUAGAACUAUAGAUUUUAUUGCAGAUUUUUCUGUUUUGAAAGACAUGGUUUUAACCUUUUUUUUUGGUUUCAAAGUUAACCUGCUACUUAAAAAAAGUACUAGAUCCAUUUAGAAAUGAUCUUGAGAACCUUUUUAAACCAUGUGGAGCAUUGCUUGAAAAUUUUUUGUUCUGCAUUUGAAUGUGUGCACGCAUGUGCGUGUGUACAGGCAAGAGCAUGUUUUACAAAAAUGGAGAGAGCACUUUGGAAGUGACCCAGGCCUCUGCUCUGGCUGGACAUGUUUUAGGCUGCAACU